UUGGCGGUCUGAGCAGGCGGAAGCGAGCAUGGCGGCCGCCGGGGCUGCGGCUACGGAACUAGAGGUGGCCCGGGGCAAGCGCGCCGCCCUCUUCUUCGCUGCGGUGGCCAUCUUUCUGGGACUGCCGCUCUGGUGGAAGACCACGGAGACGUACCGGGCCCCGUUGCCUUAUUCCCAGAUCAGUGGGCUGAAUGCCCUGCAGCUCCGGCUCAUGGUGCCAGUCACUGUCGUGUUUACCCGGGAGUCAGUGCCCCUGGACGACCAGGAGAAGCUGCCCUUCACCGUUGUGCAUGAGCGAGAGAUCCCUUUGAAAUACAAAAUGAAAAUCAAAUGCCGUUUCCAGAAGGCCUAUCGGAGAGCUGUGGACCACGAGGAGGAGGCCCUGUCACUGGACAGUGUGCAAGAGGCAGAAGCUAUGUUAGCUGAGACUGAGAAGCAAGCAGAGGGCUCCCUGACUGUGUACGUGAUCUCUGAACACUCCUCACUUCUUCCUCAGGACAUGAUGAGCUACAUUGGGCCUGAAAGAACAGCGGUCGUGCGUGGGAUAAUGCAUCGGGAGGCUUUUAACAUCAUUGGCCGCCGCAUAAUCCAGGUAGCCCAGGCCAUGUCUUUGACUGAGGAUGUACUUGCUGCUGCUCUCGCUGACCACCUCCCAGAGGACAAGUGGAGCUCUGAUAAGAGGCGGCCUCUCAAGUCCAGCUUGGGCUAUGAGAUCACCUUUAGUUUACUCAACCCGGACCCCAAAUCCCAUGAUGUUCACUGGGACAUUGAAGGGGCUGUCCAGCACUACGUGCAGCCCUUCCUGAAUGCCCUCAGUGCUGCUGGUAACUUCUCUGUGGACUCCCAGAUCCUUUAUUAUGCAGUGUUGGGAGUAAAUCCCCGUUUUGACCCAGCCUCAUCCAGCUACUACUUGGCCAUGCAUAGCCUCCCCCAUGUCAUCAAUCCAGUGGAGUCCCGGUUGGGAUCCAGUGCUGCCUCCCUGUACCCUGUGCUCAACUUUCUGCUGUACGUGCCUGAGCUUGCCCAUUCCCCUCUAUACAUUCAGGACAAGGAUGGGGUUCCAGUGGCCACCAAUGCCUUCCAUAGUCCUCGCUGGGGUGGUAUUAUGGUAUACAAUGUUGACCCCAAAGGUUAUAAUGCCUCGGAGCUGCCAGUGAGAGUCGAGGUGGACAUGGUGCGAGUGAUGGAGGUGUUCCUGGCUCAGUUGCGGCUGCUCUUUGGGAUUGCUCAGCCCCAGGUGCCUUCAAAAUGCCUUCUUUCAGGGCCUAGGAGUAAAGGGUUAAUGACCUGGGAGCUAGACCGGCUGCUCUGGGCUCGGUCAGUGGAGAACCUGGCCACAGCCACUACCACCCUCACCUCCCUGGCCCAGCUUCUGGGCAAGAUCAGCAACAUUGUCAUCAAGGAUGAUGUGGCAUCUGAGGUAUAUAGGGCUGUUGCUGCAGUCCAGAAGGCAGCAGAGGAGUUGGCCUCUGGGCAUCUGUCAUCUGCCUUCAUUGCCAGCCAGGAAGCAGUGACAUCCUCUGAACGUGCCUUUUUUGACCCCUCACUCCUCCACCUCCUUUAUUUCCCUGAUGACCAGAAAUUUGCCAUCUAUAUCCCACUCUUCCUGCCUAUGGCUGUGCCUAUCCUCCUGUCACUGGUCAAGAUCUUCCUGGAGACGCGCAAGUCCUGGAAAAAGCCUGAGAAGAUAGACUGAGGGUGGGGGCAACCUCUCAGUAGGAAAUCUACCUUUCUGGCCAAGGUGGGAGGUGUUAUUGAGACACACAUAAGCAAGGCCUGCUGGGAUUGACUUAUUUGUCACCAGUCUUUGUUGGCUCUCCAAUAACCAAAGGACAACAUUGUAAGAUGAGUUCAUCUUUCCUUCCCAUUCCGCUGGCUCUGGUUCUCCACCAUCACUCCCAGGAGCCUCAGAAGACACCAUCAUCUGGGUCUUGAAAUCUGGCUUGAACUUGAAGGCACCUGCAUAUCUCCCUGUGGUCUGUCUCUUACCAUAGCAUGCUCCUGAACUGAGAAGGAGCACUGGGAGAAAGCCCUGGGUUGGAUUGUAGCUCCCUGCCCUUCCUUGCUUCUCUCUGAGCCCAGGAACAGGCCACCUCUGGAACAUUCUUCCUUACUCCCCUCCCUCCUGGCUGGCUUCACCUGUUGGGUAUAACCUGAGACUGGGAGGCAGCAGCUCAGACCUGGUGCUGUGUGUGUGGCAGAGAUUCCCUUCACCCUGUCAGAGAGCAGUGUAGUAUGAUGGGGAAGGUUCCCGACUUGGAAUCCAACAGAUCUGAAUUUAAACCCUUGCUUUUGCACAUAACUGACUGGGGAGCUUUGGAUAAGCCACUUAUCCCCGAGCGUUAGUUUUUCAUUUGUUUAAUGGCACUGAUAAUAUCUCCUUCAUAAGGUGGUUGUGAGCAUCAAAUGUGAUAAGUAGGUGAAAGCGGCAUGCUAGGCUCUUUUUAAAAAUAUGUAUAUUAGGCUCUUAAUAAAUACUGGUUGAAUAU